AUGACACUGAAGGUUGAAGGAGAUCCAGGCUAUGGCAGUAUAUCUGCUGGAGGUCGAUUCACCGAUCUGGAUGGCUCAGAGACCGUACCUCUCCUUAUCCCAGACAUUCAGCAGCAGCAGCACGUCUGGAAGCCCCUGAGCAGAAAAGAGCUGGAGAAGUGCGCAGGAGGACCAGAAUGGAAGAAGUUUCGUUCUCGCCUGGUGCUUUGCUUCUGGAUUGGUUGGCUGAUAAUGCUGGGCACUGCAGUCGCAAUAAUCAUUCAGAGCCCACGGACGGAGUCUCCUUCACUGCACUGGUGGCAGAGGGGUGUGUUUUACCGUCUGCAGCCUGCACUCUUCAUGGAUGCAGACAGUGACGAGGUCAGCCGUAUCAGCAGGGUGUCCGAGCGGCUGCCAUAUCUAAAGUCACUGGGGGUCGGGGCAGUGAUCCUGGAGGGGUUGUUCCAGCAUCACAUCUCCCCUCCCAACCUGACAGAGAUCGACCAAAGUCUGGGAACGCAUCCACAAUUCACACAGCUUAUCACAGAAAGCCGCAAAGCAGGUGUGAGAGUGGUGCUGGAUCUUUGUGAGCUGGAUCUGUUUGAGCAGGAGUCGGGUAAUGACACUGAGGUUUGGUCCAGUCCAUCAGAGUACAUUCAGUAUUCAUUAAGGUAUUGGCUGGAACAUGGUGUAUCAGGGUUUGGGAUCUGUGACACAGACGCAGCCUUCUCUGCAAAGACCCUAAUGGAGUGGAAUGUGCUGAUGCAAGAGUUUAAUUCACAAGAUGACGAAAGAAUACUGAUGGUGAGGCAAACAGGUAACACUCUUCCAGAACUCAAUGUGUCCAGCAUAGCUGUUAAUGGUUCACUGGUGGAGCUGGUUAUAAAGUCACUGAUCCCCCCAUCACACCAUCCGUUGUCUCCUGCUGAGGUGGCUGAGGCCAUGGAGGCCAGUCUGCAGAUGCCACAAGGACACUGGCCGAGCUGGACCGUGGGUGGAGGAGUACCAUGGGAGUUGCAGAGAGCGAUUCUAGUCCUGAUUAUGACUUUACCUGGGACACCCAUCUUCAGAUAUGGAGAUGAGGUCAAUCCAGUUCAGGAUCUGGAUCAGCUGAAUCAACCUCUAGCCCUCUUCCAUUCUCUGAGUCGGUCACGUGCCCGUGAAGAGGCUCUACACUUUGGCAGAUUCACCUUCCUUUCCUUCAAUGCUAGCAUGUCAUCCUCUGGCCUCAAUUCUACAGCCACACCUCCUUUAGCUUUCCUGCGCUCAUGGGGCUGCAUUCACUUCCUGGUGCUGUUUAAUUUGGGUUCUGAACCUCACACUUUGGAUCCAGACUGGGCUCCCAGCCUACCUGAAGGUGGGCUGUUUGUAAUCAGCACAGGUCUUGACCGAUUCGGCCCCGUGUCUCUAAGGUCAAUGAAAAUGCAGCCACACGAGGCCAUUGUCAUAAAACUGUUUGAAACUGACAACUCUUAAGACAAGGUUUGUGUUCGCUUAUUAAUACACUAAUGAUAUUUAGUUUUGGUUAGUUGUAACUAAGAGAAAGUAUUUAUUACAAGUAAAUUAAAACGUGUCUGUUUACACUAAGUGCAAAUAGCCCGCCUUGUUGGCAGAGGCUAUUUACACUAACUCAGCCCACCAACGUGGGGUAGGGUUAGACAACAUUGCAAAAGCCUAUUAAAUAGCUGUUCCAGAGGCAUAGAUAGUAAAGCAUGUAGAAGAAAUUUACUCUUUGACCUGAUCGACUCAAGUUCGAAUCCCCCUUUUGCCAAACUCGUUCUUUUCCCUUUUCACAUCACAUAUCAGAUCAGAAAAGCAAUUAUUUUCAAUAAAAAUGAAGGAAAUAAUCAAAAAAGUGGAAAAUAACAUGCCUCAUGGGUGUUUAUCGUCAAGGUUAGGUGUAGGGAGGGCUUUGUUGUCCCAAAGAGGUAUCCGUUUAAUAAUUUUUAUACACUCAAUACGUUAUUGCAGAUAUGUGCUAUAAUUUGCAUUAAGUAGCCUAGUAUAAACAGCAUGUAACUAUUAUUGCAAUGGAAAUACUCCUAUUUUUGCAUAAUGUAAACAGAAUCUAUUGCUAUUUGCACUUAUUAUAAAAAGUAUAUAGUUACUGCUAUUUUCAAUUACUGUCAAAGGAAUCCAUUGUUAUUUGCAUAGUGUAAACAGUAUCUAUCGCUAUUUGCACUUAGUGCAAAUAGUCGCUGCCGAAUUAAAGUUAAUAAAUAUUGGCAGUGGGACUGGAGUGCACUUUGUUUCUUUGCAAAUAAUCUAAUAAAGAGAAACUAAUACAAA